AUGGAAAAGUGGUCAGGCUGGGUUUCCAUAAACCACCCUGAUCGUCUCAAAUACCCGCUUAUACGUCGAGAUGGAAAGCUCCAGCGAGCCUCAUGGGAUGAAGCCAUGUUAUUAAUUUUCGAAAAAACAAAGGAGGUCCAAGCACGGUUGACGAACCACGGCAUUGGGUUUUAUGCCUCUGGACAGCUGUUCCUGGGGGAAUACUACGUCUUUGCAAUGGUUGGCAAGGCCGGUUUGAAUACAUUGCACAUAGAUGGAAAUACCCGUCUAUGUACAGCAACCGCUGCGGCCUGCAUGCGGGAAUCUUUCGGCUGCGAUGGUCACCGUCUGGACGGCCCCAGCCCACCAGCGCUCAUUGUCGCCGAUCCUAGAAAAUCGGAAACGGCAACAAGAGCCACAGAGCAGCCAAGAACGGGACAAAUCUUUCUUUGUUCAAUGGCCUGCAGCAUCUACUCUUUGAAAAUGACUGGAUCGAUUGGGACUGCGAAAAUUAUUGGAACCACUCCUUCUCUACUGUCUACCGCGCUUCAGGGCGUUUAUGGGUCCAACCAAGCUACUGGCAGCCCCUGUCAGAUCAAUAAAAUCAACCUCCUGUUGGGAAAGAUCGACUUAUUUGUGAUGACGCAAGAUAUCUUCCUAACAGAAACUGCAGCUUUUUCAGAUGUGGUUCUCCCCGCAGCUCAAUGGGGAGGUAAGAGAAUGGAUUUCAGGAAUGAAGAUGGCGAGCCGUUCAUUCCGUACACGCAUUUUGAAGAGGUGUUUGAAGCAUGGAAGCGGAUGUCGUUCGGCCGCCCGCUGGACUGCAGCGCUUUGUCAUAUGAUAAAUUGACCGGGGGGUCGGGGAUACAGUGGCCAUGCACAGCAGAAUAUCCCCAUGGCAAAGAACGUUUGUUAGAAGAUGUCAAAUUCUUCACAGACGCGCAAUACUGCGAGUCGUUCGGACAUGAUCUGGAGACCGGCGCGCCCUACACGGAACAACAGUACAUGGGAAUGAAUCCUGGAGGCAGAGCAAUUUUGAAAGCAGCUCACUACAAGCCACCCAUUGAAGUGACUGGACGCUCGAAGCGGCUUCAGGAUGCAAGACCCAGAGCCAGUCAUUCAUAUUUCUCGGGUGGACGCGAAAGCUUUACAUCUAGCGGACGGGGAGAUGUCGUUGGGCGGUCGCGCCGCGGCAGUGUUGAGUUAGCAGUCGCCAUCCGCGAUAUCGCCAAGGGACAUGUGUUCAUACCUUUCCAUUUUGACUACUUUGAUGGUAAGGACGACAGAGCUCGUGCGGCAAAUGAAUUAACUAUUGAGCAAUGGGACAUCAUCUCCAAGCAACAAAUGUUCAAGUCCGGAGCCGUCUGCAUCGAGAAAUGUGUCCAAAAGGAAGGCACUCGCAAACGGACCAAACAUGCCAAAGAAGAGCAGACCAGAGCAGUUGAGAAUAUCGAAAAGAACCAGGGUUCGGCCCAGCACGCGACGGAGCUUCCAUCACAACAACGCCUACGCUUCCCUGAGCGAUGGAUGGGCGUGACACACGAGGCACUAGAAAUGCUCAUAGAAAUGUACAGAGAUCUGAUUCCCCGACUCGUCCACGACCUGGAAGUCCAAUCAGGUCUUGGCGUCAUGUGUCAGAUCGUGAACCGAAGCCCUCCAAACCUUCCAGCCCCUGAUCGACAAAUAUCACGAGAACCGAGAAUAUGGGCGCUCCGUCGCACAGCGGCUUCGCGACGCCAUCUUCUUCCACAAGACUUAUACGAACGAUCCAUAUGA